GGCGUGUGCGCAGUGUGAUCCCAAUACGGAACGGAGCGGGCUGCGUCUGAUGGCAGUAUUCUAUCACUUCCGAGUGUUUAGGAUUUAUUUGAAGUUUGAAGAUUUGUGUACAAUGGCUGCCAUAAUUCGUAGCCACCUAUGAUGCCGAUUUCCGGUCACUGCACAUUAGCGUAGGAAAAAUGACGCGGCUGUGCCAUAUAUCAUUAAUUUUAUUUAUUAUAGAUUUAGAAAUGUUCGUAAGUCAUAAUCUCGAUAGCGAUGUAUUGUCUGGUGUAGCUAUUGAAGACCACGUGCGGAAAGAUUUUGAUAACGGUGAUGAGAAGACACCAAUUUACUCGGAAUGGGGAAGGUGGAGUGCAUGCCAAGCCGGUCGUAAAACUAGGCGGCGACACUGCUUACGUAGAAACAUUUGCGGCGAUUCUUUCAGAAUUGAAGUUGCUCGUUGCGCGGCGCGUGAGUCGCGAGGACGGGAAGAUAGUGAGGAAGGACGUAUGAAAAUUAAAGUGGUGGGGUUAAAGCAAUUAGACAACGUAGAUGUCCAAAAGAGGUUUAUGGGGUUUUCACCCUGGACCAGCUGGAGCACAUGCUCCAAAAAGUGCACGACUGUAAGGAAGAGGCACUGCCAAAAAUGGACAAUCUGUGGACGUAAAGUAAUAAAACAGUCUGCAUAUUGUUAUUUGGAGGGAAGUUACUGCCACCUCUGGAUACGAGCGAAGAUGCACAGGCGAAAAGGUCAAGAUUACCAGGUAGAGUCUCUACCAACACCAGCCCCAGCAAUCCAUGAAGAAGAUUCCAGAUCAUUUUCACAGGCUAUGACCUGUGGGAGGCUUGGAAGAUACCGAGGAUCUCCGACGAGUAGAUUGAGAGCACGUAUGCAAGAUAUGGUUAGGAUUAUUGGUGGAAGGCCUGCUCCACCUGGAAAAUGGAUUUGGCAAGUCGCUGUGUUGAACCGUUACAAGGAAGCAUUCUGCGGCGGUACACUAGUAUCCCUGCGAUGGGUGGUCACCGCGGCACAUUGUAUUCGAAAACGUCUCUAUGUGCGAUUGGGCGAACAUGAUCUCCUGGUACACGGUUAUGGUGAAGUGGAAAUGAGAGUCACCGAAGCGGUCAUUCACCCCCAGUACGAUCCUGAUACCGUCGUUAACGACGUCGCUAUGUUGCGAUUACCAGCACCAGCAAGACCGGAUCUAGGUCAUGGUAUCGCGUGCUUACCAAACCCUCACCAGCUCUUGGCACCUCAUACGACAUGUGUCAUCCUAGGCUGGGGUAAAAAACGACCAUCAGAUGUACACGGGACUCGGAUUUUACAUGAAGCACAGGUAUCAACAAUACAGCAGGGUGUGUGUCGUCGUUCGUACUGGCAAUACGCUAUUACAGAUAACAUGGUAUGUGCUGGACGCGGUCGCCGCGACUCCUGCGCAGGCGAUUCUGGCGGCCCAUUGUUAUGUAGGGAUAGAUCUAUGCGGUAUUACUUACAGGGUAUAACAAGCUUUGGUGAUGGCUGUGGAAAACGCGGAAAAUACGGAAUCUACACAAGAACUUCCAAUUACGUACCUUGGAUGCGUGCUGUCAUGAGCAAGAAUUACUUUGACGAUUAAAUUGACUAACAGUUAAACAUAUAACACUCAAAACCUCUCAUAGUUCUUCUCCAUAUAGUUUGUUAAGUACAAUACUGUAAUACACUAAAGAAGAACCCACUCCCAUAUCAUACCAGAUUAGUCGGGAUUAAUCAAAGUAAGUCGCAAG